AUGGAUGGUGUACUCACUGCCAGCCACCUGAGUGAACUUCUUAAAGAAGCUGACAAGAUUCAGCAGACACAACCUGUCUUGUACAAAGCUGAAUUACAGUGGGUCAGGCUUAGUCAGGUUAUUGAUGUCAUGGUUUAUGAGGCAGUCAUGAUGCAUGCCAUAACUUUACAGAUAAGACUCAUAAAGUUGAAAAUAUGUGGCGCAAACUAUCCCCUAAGUAUAGCUUUCAUUGUGGUGAAUGAGUUUUGCGAAAGAUUCUCCUACUAUGGCAUGAAAGCUGUUCUAACAUUGUAUUUCAUAUACUUCCUUCACUGGGAUGAGGAUCUCUCCACUACCGUCUACCAUGCCUUCACGGGUUUGUGCUAUUUUACACCAAUCUUUGGUGCCAUCAUUGCUGAUGCAUGGUUAGGAAAAUUCAAGACCAUUAUUUACCUUUCCAUUAUUUAUGUCAUCGGACAUAUAGUGAAAUCUGUUGGUGCCAUACCCACAAUUGGAGACCAGACUACUCAUGCGGUCCUGGCAAUGGUUGGCCUCUUUCUUAUAGCCUUGGGAACAGGAGGUAUUAAACCAUGUGUAUCUGCCUUUGGUGGUGAUCAGUUUGAAGAAGAACAUGCUCAAGAAAGGAGCAAGUUCUUCUCUGUGUUCUACUUGGCCAUUAAUGCAGGAAGUCUGAUAUCUACAUUUGUUACACCAGUAUUGAGAGCUGAUGUGCAGUGUUUCGGGGGUGACUGUUUUGCUUUGGCAUUUGGUGUCCCUGCUGCACUCAUGGUAGUAGCAUUGGUGGUGUUUAUCGGAGGAAGUGGAAUGUACUACAAAUCACCACCACAGGGAAACAUUUUAGCAGACGUCUCUAAGUGUAUUGGGUUUGCAAUAAAAAAUCGAUGGAGGCAUCGCUCAAGUCAAUAUCCCAAGAGAAAACACUGGCUUGACUGGGCAGAAGAAAAAUAUUCGAAGCGUCUGAUAAAAGAAAUUAAAAUGGUGACACGAGUCCUGUUCCUUUAUAUUCCACUGCCAAUGUUUUGGGCUCUAUUUGAUCAACAGGGAUCUAGAUGGACACUGCAAGCUACUAGGAUGAACCCUGAUUUUGGUACAUUUGUUUUGCAACCGGAUCACAUGCAGUCCUUAAAUCCACUCUUAAUUCUUGUAUUCAUCCCGAUCUGUGACUUUGCCGUUUAUCCUCUGGUGAAUAUGUGUGCUAAUUUCACCCCUAUUAGAAAAAUGGUGGUUGGUAUGAUGAUUGCUGCUUUAGCAUUUGGAGCCGCAGCUGUGGUAGAAACUCAAGUAACUGCAACAAUGGUGAAAGCUCCUGCUGCACGUGAAAGUCUGCUCCAAAUCAUAAAUUUGGGUGACCAGGAACUCACUGCCAGUCUCCAAGAGAACAAUAACCAAUUCACUAAUCCUAUUGGCCCUUUUGAGGAUCCAAAAUCAUAUGAGAAACUAAAACUAGAAUCAGAAGCAAAAGCAUUUCAAUUUAAUUUGAACAUUGGUGGUAUGUCUGCUCCCUGUGAACAAAUUCUCAAGGAAAACGAAGCCUACAGUUUACUAGUUUACAAGUCCAACCAUCAACUACAUUGCAAGCUGAUUGUAGAUCGGAUCGAUAAGCCACCUAAAGGACAAGUAUCUGUGAGAUUUGUGAACACACUGGGGAAGGUUGUCGAUACGGUCACCAUAGGGAAAGAAAACUUUGACAGCAUAGAAGGGAAUUAUGAAGUCUCUGACUACAAAACAGUCAGCAGAGGAAAACACACAGCAACAUGUACCAUGGAAGGAAAGCUAUACCAGCUUGAUCUGGGACUACUAGACUUUGGAGCAGUAUACACAGUUUUUAUAACUGAGGCUUCAGAAACUGUGACUUUGGCUAACAAAACUGAAGACAUCCCUGCCAAUAGCUUUCACAUCGCUUGGCAAAUCCCACAGUAUGUUCUAUUAUCGGCUGGUGAAGUAAUGUUUUCAAUAACUGGUCUGGAAUUCUCCUACUCUCAGGCUCCUAUCAGCAUGAAAGCAGUACUUACAGGUGGUUGGCUUCUGACCGUCGCUUUUGGAAAUGUGAUUGUGCUUAUAGUAGCACAGGCUGGAAGUCUUGAACAGUGGGCAGAGUUUGUUCUGUUUGCUGUUCUUCUUCUUGUAGUGAGCAUCAUCUUCGCCAUUAUGGGGUAUUUCUACAGAUAUGUGGAUCCAUCAGAACUGAAAACAGAUGAUGAAGAUGAGAAAGUGAAAAAAGCAGAUGAUGAGCUCAAGGAACAUAAUGGAUUACCAUUAUAUGAAAAUGUAAUACUGAACGAGCUAGUUAAGCAGAGCAAAUUGUAGAUCUGUGCACAGUAUUUUUGUUAGAAGAAUAAUCUUUUUAGCUAGUGUUGCUCAUCAUUUUUACUUAAAAAUUAUCAGUGUGAUCACACUGCUAUGUGUCCUAUGUGAUUUGGAUUGCUUUACUUGUAUUGCCUGUGAGCGGUAUUGCACUUUCAAACAUGCAUUAUUGAUGCUUCUAGUAUUUUGUUCCCAGAAAUGAAGUAUCCUUUAGUGAUCUAUGGAAAAUUUCUUCCAGAAUAACCAGUCACUCAGCCAAAUUGCCCAGUAACUGGUAUCUGAUGCUGUCACUUGCAUUGCCUAUUUAAACAGAGGAGGAAUGUCUAGAGGUGCCAUACAAAAGCUCAGAAUGUGGUUUAUAGAGGUAACAGUAUUAGGA